AUGCCUGAAAGCACAGCCGAAGGCGAGGCGGUCGCACAGUGGCUUGAGAAGCGGCCGACGGCCGUGCAAUGGGAAGUGUUGCCUCCAGCCCUCCGGGCGAGGCUGGGCUCCGAGGCCGCCUGGCUGAGGGCGCUGAGGGCACACUCGCUCGGCCUGCAACUGCCGUGGUCAUCGGCUCUGGGCGUGGAGGAGAAGGAGUACCUCGCGGAGCUCCUCAAAGCCUCUCGCGAGCGGCUGCUCCUCUACCCGUACCACCUAGCGCGCCGGCUCGCUGCCUGCUGGCCCGCUGAGACACCCUUCCGCUACUACCGCGAGAUGCUCUUCGAGAUGCUCCGGUCGGAGCGCUCGUACGACACGAUUCCGAACUUCACGGCUGCCGACGCGGCGAGGCUCCUCCGGGUCGGCCGCAACGAGUUUCUCCACGCCCUCAACGAGUGCCGCUCAAAGGGAUGGCUGUGGAAGCGGCGGCGCGGACUCAUCAUGAAGCAGCUGCCUUCGGCGCCGCCGCCGGACCUGCCGCUCGAGGACUGGUGGGUGGCGGUGGAGGCGUCGGACAAGCUGGCGGUGCCUCCGCUGGUCGGUUUCGUGAUGAACCGCGUCGGCAACGACUGGAUGGAGAAGCUGCUCUACGAGCUCUUCGUGUCCAACGACGAGACGGCAGAGGUGCGGCAGCUCGCGUCGCUGCUCGACCAGCCCCUCGAUCGCGUGCUGAUGGCCGCCUCGCUGGCGUGCCGCCUCGGAUUCGCGAAGAAGAAGGCGCCUCCCGAAGCCGCUGCGGCGGCAGGGCAGGCAGAGGCGGGAGGGGCGCAGGCGCGCGCAGCGGGGGGCGGCUUGCCUCCUCUUUCCGCCUCCGCCACGUCCGCCCCCGAGUUCAUGGCGGCGCCCGAGGGCGGCGGCGAGGUGUCGCCGCGGGACGCGAGCAGCGGCGCGCGCAUCGCAUUGCUUGUCGACUCCAAGCUCGCCGCCUCGCUGAUGAUGUCCAAUCUGGCGGCCGGGCUCAAGCAGCACGCGGUGACGCUGUACGAGGUCGGCAAGAUCCCCGCCGAGUCGCUCGACGCGUUUCUGGAGGCGGCGGCCGAGGUGGAGCGGCCGCACGAGCUCGAGCUGCUCGAGUACUUUGACCACGCCAUCUCGCUGCGCAUCGCCGCCGCCUCCCUCCGCGCCGCCUGCCCCGGUCGGCCGCUCGACAUCGUGCGGACCGAGUCGUUGCGCGAGCUCGGCUCGUCGAAGCUCGCGCGGCUCCUCGGCCGCUCGUAUGGCCUCGCCGUCUCGAUGGCGCCGCUGCUCUCGCACUCGGAGACCGUCUUCACGCGCGGCACCGGGGUGCCGCACGCGGGCCCGCUGGCCCCGGCGAUGGUCUCGCCGUGGGCGAGGCUCGCCUUGUACGCGGCGGUUGGCGCCGGACCCCCUUCGGUCCUGCUGCGGCGUGGCACGCGGCUGCGGUCGCUGCCGGCGCCGCUCGCGUCUGCCCCCUCCGCGGGCGGCGCCCUCGUCGCAAUCAACGAGCUGCUGCUCCUCUCGCCGGCGUACGACGCGGCCCCGUCGCGUGCCGCUCAAGUCUCCUUCCCGCUGCGUGCCGCCGACCUCCACCCCGACCUGCUCUCGCUCGAGGGCACGUUUGGCUUUGUGCAGCUCGUGCGGCUGUCCGGCGAGUGGGUCCCGCUGGACCUCCACCUCGGGCUGCCCCUCUUCGACGUCUGCUCGUCCAUCCAACGCGACGGGCUGCUGCGAGAGGCGGCCGCGCCAGCUCUGGCCGCCGCCGCCGAGGGCUGGCUCGGCCGCGUGAUAGAUUUUGCUGGCGCGUACAGCCGGGCCGAGCACCGCUGCUAG